AUGUCCUACUACGACAACCCUCAGGCCCAGUGGUCUUCUUCGACGACCCAAAACAACUGGGAGCACCAGGGCUCGACUACUCCCGCCCGCGCAGGUACGCCAGGAUACAAAGCGGACCGAGACAGGACUGCUGUUAACUCCCUUGUUGCUUCAGGCGCCAGCGGUCCUCAGCCUCAGGACGACUACGCCUUUUCGUAUCAAUUCGAUGAGGUCGACCGAGCUUACGAGAACUUGCAAAAGUCUGGCAAGGGCUAUGGAAUGGGUGGCCGCCACUCCCGUGGUUCCCACCACACUCCCGGUCCCCGCCCUCAUUCGGUGAACAACUUUGAUGACGCCCGUAGUUCUCAGGGACCCAAUCUUCAAAACUUCUACGCCAACCAGCGUCACCAACCCUCACGAGGCUCCAACGAGGCAGAGCAGGUCAUGCAGGCUAAGAGACGGAUGGCAGCUCAGCGGGAGCGAGAGCUUCGAAACCUGCACACAGAGCAGCAAUAUCAGCGAACCGUCCUUUCCGAAGUGCCUCUCCCGCCUCCCAACAAGCAAAUGUCCGAGGAAGAGACACGAGAUUUGAUCGCCCGUCAGCGAAGUGCCCUUUAUGGUGAGGGUCCUUUUGCUGAGAAGGCAGGAUACGUGGACGAGACUGGUAAUGUCCGCACGGGCGUCCCUGGCCCUGGAGCAAGUGGACCCUCGAGCCUUCGUGGUCACUCGCCUCUCGCUUAUGAUAACGUCAAUCGCGGCCCUCCUGGUGAAACUGGCACUCCUGUCUCUGCUGUUGACGCCCACGGUCCCUCCACUGAGCCCAGCUCUCGACCUCAUAGCACUGUCAGCCCCCAAGCUGCCGGACCUACGAACAAGGUUUUCGACAAUGCUGUUGGCCACCAGACUCGCACCAGCACAUCUAGCCCAACUGGCGGUUCUCCUUCGCGGGACCUCACACCUGGUUCCAAGUCUGGCCAGGCUGGUGCCUCGGUGGCUCCCAUCGGAACCCGACCCUCUGGCACGCCUGCCACUACAGCCUCGUCUAAGCGAUCAACCACUCCCCUUGCCUCCCCUAAUGGCUGGGGGCGUGGCAACGGUGUCUGGGGUCAGUCCUCCGGCCUCGGUGCUCCUGCUAGUGUCUGGGGCUAG